AUGAUGCUUUCAUAUUUGUUUAUGGCAAUUUUGGCAGCCAAUUUAUAUAAUCAGGCCAAUAGUGCUGGUUUACCAAAACCGCAAUUGCCACCACCAAUUGGCCAGUCCUUGUCUCGUGGUCCCCCAAACGAAUAUCACGAAGACAAUAAUAAAAAUUUAGAACAUAAAAUCGAAACCCUCAUAGAAUCUAUGACACGCAUGGAAAACUCUAUACAAAAUCUCCAAGAAAAAUCCCACACAUGGUCCAUUUUUCAACAUCACAUUGCGUCAUGGAAUGAUGGUUUACGUAUUUUGGAAAAUAAAUUAGAUUUUCUAAAACGUUCACAGGAGGAGCAACAAUUGGCAUGGCAUAAAAUGACGGAUGUUAUGACCACACCACCAGAUACAACCGUUAUAAAUGAAAUAAAGGAUACGCUGAAAAGGGAUCAACUACUGCAAAAGGAAUCGGCCACAAAAGUCAAUUCGAUAUUACGCCAGCUGCAGUCGAUGCACAGGGAUAAGGUUGGACACAGUAAUGCUGCAACGAAUGGUAGGAAAAAAUCCAAUUUAAUGGCAGGAGAUACGGGGUCGUCGUAUUGUAAUGGUAGCCACAAACUGGAACAACGUUUGAAUAGCAUCCAUCAUCAAAUGGCAUUGCAAAAGGAUCUCAAACAAUUACAUUCCAUGGAUAAGCGUAUGGGUAAAACCAUAGAAAACCUUUCGCAAUCCAUGGCCCAUGCCUUAGAUAAGCAAGAGGAGCUGUCUGUACGACUUCAACGGUCAAAUGAAUGCUGCUAUGCCCUAUCUAGUGAAUUGACGACAUUUACUGAAAGUUCAGAUAUCCUGUUGAAACGCAUAGAACGUCUGUUGAAAAAUGUCAACGAUAAAUUGAAUAGACUUCAUGAAAAUACUAAUCAGGAAGAUCAGGAGCAGGAGGGGGAGGUAGAGGUAGAGGGCGAACAUGAUCAUAACAAUAGUAAUAAUGAUGAUGAGUUGCUGGAGAAUACCACUCAACGUAUAAAUUUAGAUGAUGUAUUUCAUGAAGAAGAAGGAGAGAGUCAAGGACAUCACGUUUAUGAGGAAGUGGAGGAGAAAGACGUCGACGGAGAGGAGGAGAAUCACAUAUCGGGAAAUAUUAGUGAUGAACAUGAUGAAAAUAAUAAUAAUGAGGCGGGUCAUACUGAAUUGUAUGGACAUGAUAUUGAAUUUCUCCGUCCCGAUUUAAGUGGUUGCCAUGAAUUAACCGCUGAAAAUGGUGUGGAUGAGACACUGCGCAUCGAUGGCAUCUAUAAAUUUGCUCAUCCUGAAAUCAACGAAUUUGAAAGAGAUUUCAAUGAACGUCUUUGUAUCUUUCCACCUCCUCCUCUACCUCUCCACAACAAAAGUGAUUCCGCAGCAGCACGCUCCAACACACCAUGGACCGUAAUACAACAACGUAUGCUCACGGAACAUCCGGAAAAUUUCAAUCGUUCUUGGUCCGAAUAUCGUAACGGUUUUGGUUCGCUGCAGCGUGAAUUUUGGUUUGGCAAUGAAUUUAUACAUCGUUUGGUCUACAAUGACGACUAUGAGCUACGCAUCGAAUUGGAAGAUUUCAAUAAUUCGAAAGUUUAUGCUGAAUAUGGUGUAUUUCGUAUCGAUAGCGAAGAAUUCAAUUAUAACUUAUUAAUUGGCGAGUACGAUGGAACGGCGAGUACGGUCGGUGAUGCCAUGAAAUAUCACAAUGAUAACGACUUUAGUACCUAUGACAGGCGUAACGAUAAAACUGUGGAUGCCUGUUGUUCAUGUGCAUUGGGUUAUGGUUCGGGUUGGUGGUUUGAUAACUGCUCCGAGGCAAACCUAAAUGGCAUUUAUCGUUUUACACCUUGGGGCAAUAAUUACAAUGGCAUUAUGUGGGAAUUGUGGCAUGGUGAUUAUUCCUUGAAAAGUACCCGCAUGAUGAUACGACCCAAACAGUCAAACAAUGCAAAUGAAGACAGUGCUUUGUAUUCAUCCACGUCAUAUGAUGAUUUAGAGCAGGACCAUCAAAAUGAAGAUCCUUAA